AUGGACUCUCCAUCAGGAAGUUUGCAAGAGUCUAUGGCGAAUCUGGAGGCGCCCUUGCAUAGAUCUCUUCGCAACAGCGUAGACAAGACGGAUGGAGACUUACUGUUCUCCAGUCCCAUACCCCGAAGCAAUCCACAUAGAUGCGUUCCUUCUGAAUUGGACACAUCUAGACGUGUACGCCUUUCCCCCAUUCAAAGUAGUACACAGAAUGUUGCAAAAUGGGAUCCCAAUAAACACUACAAGAGUAGACCAUUAGUUCUGAAAGGCGGUUAUGACCUUUGGCGGCUUAUGUACCCAAUGAGUACCACUAACCCAAGAGCAGAGCCUCAUAUUGUCAAGCAAGAAAAACCUGAGCCUGCAUUACUUGAUAUUGAGUAUCCUGACUUAGAUACUGGGUUCCUCUGCACUCCGUCCCCAACAGACGCUCGAUCCAUGUUAAAUGCCAUACCAUCCAUUAAUCGUAAUCUCAAACCAGCUGUAGCAAAUAAGGACUUAUUAGAUGGAAGGAAUAAUAACAUGAAUAUUAUCGAAAAUUCCCAAGUUAAUAAUAAUUUAACGGUACAGGAAGGUAGUCCUAAUAGGGCUUCAAUUGGAUCAAAAGUUAAUACUUGGGAUACGAAGGAUUCCAACAAGGCCCUUGAUUUGCAGAAAACAAGGCAGAGCUCAUUGUCUUUGGAGAAGAUAGAAAAUGUUCCAUCAGUUCCUAGUAGAGCCCUUAAACCUAGAGAACUGUUGGAGAGCUUAGUUGCUAAAAAGGAGGAGAUGGAAGAGGAACAGGAAUUACUAGAAGAGUCUGUUAAAGUUGAAGAGGACACCAUGAGAAAGAUGAAAGAAAUGGAAGAGACAACAGUUAAACGAGAGUUGGCCCGCGAUGAACAUAGUCGAGCACAGCUACAGCAAACUGAGGAUAGGUUGCAGGAAGAAAUUCGAAGGCUGAAAGCUAAGAGUAGUGAUAUGGAAGAGCGCUAUAAUAAGAUUCAUAAGCAGAAUGAAGAGCUGUGGAAAAUGGUGAAGCUUGCCUUAUCAGGAAAUUUGAGUAAUGUCAACCUCGGACCCACAGCUCCUGUAAAUAAUAUUGAGAUGAAGCAACAACAGGACCAAGAACAGCUUCGUGUUCAAGAAGAUAAAAGAAGAGCUUUGCAAGAACAGGUUGAACGUAUGAGGAAGGAAAGAAAAGAGAAGGAAAGAAAAUUGAAGGAGCAAGCAGAAAGAGAGAGAAAGGCUCAAGAACAAGCGGAGGCUGAAAGGCGACAAGCAGAGGAACAUAAGGCUAAACUGGAAGCUGAACAGCGUUCUCAGAGAAAUAAAGUCAGUAGUGGUGCAGCUGAAACUUAUACAACAAAGUUGAGAGAUUCUCCUCGUUCUUCUCCAGUUCGAGGUGGCUCAAACCUCAAGAGGUCACAUUCCGCUUUCAAUUUAUCUCAGCUUGGUGAUGAUGAUAAAGAAAGUUCUGGAGGGCCAGUUACAAACUUUGAUCGCAAUUUGAAGCCACUGAAUGUGUCACAACGAAGAAAUGUCAACGCAGCACGACAGAGAAACUUUGAACCAAAAUAUGGCAAUGUGGGACAUGCAAGAACUGGAUUAAAAAAUCUGGGAAAUACUUGUUAUAUGAACUCCAUUAUUCAGUGCCUAAAUAAUACUACGCCCCUUGCCAAAUAUUUUGUUGAAGGAAUAUAUAGUGACGACAUUAAUUCAAAUAGUAAAUACCAGGGAGAUGUUUGCGAGGAAAUGGGAGCCGUCUUUAGAGCCCUGUGGUGUGGGCAGUACCGUUCUAUAGCUAUGUGGGACCUGAAGAAUACUGUUGGUCGGUUUCACAAGCCUUUCCAGGGAUAUGAUCAGCAGGAUUCACACGAAUUUUUGAUUAAACUUAUGGACUGGUUACAUGAAGAUUUAAAUAAGAUCACAGGAAAGAAGUUGCCAAUGAAGGAACAGAAUUAUGACGACAUUCCAGAUUAUGUAGCAGCAGAAAAAAUGCAAGAAGAGUUGCGGAGGAGAGAUGAUUCUAUAGUAUGCUCACUUUUCCAUGGUCUUCAUCGAUCUGUUAUUGAAUGUGACACCUGUUCUCACAGGUCACUGACUUUUGAACCAUUUUCUAUCAUUUCCUUAUCUUUUCCAUCAAGUGGACGUUGUACAUUAAGAGAGUUACUUCAGCAUUACUAUAAGGACAGCAGGAUUGAAUAUAAAUGUUCCAAGUGCAAAAGAUUACGGGGCUGUGUACGGAAACUUGACAUUUGGAAACUCCCUCCAGUGCUAAUCCUCCAUCUAAACAGGUUUGAACAUGAUGUGUUGAUGAAGAAGAAGCAAAAUUUUGUAGAUUUUGCAUUAGAGAAUUUGGAUCUGGGGAAGCAUACAGCAAUGAAGAAUAACAGGUAUACAAACUUUGAUUUGUAUGGUGUGUCUAACCAUUAUGGUACUAUGGAUGGUGGGCACUACACAGCAUUCUGCAAGUCUUCUGUCAAUAAACUGUGGUACAAGUUUGACGAUCAUGAAGUAUAUGAGCUCUCCAGAGAAAACGUCCGUUCUUCUGCUGCAUAUUUGUUAUUUUAUGAAGCAAGUAACAUGAAUGUAAAGGUGAACAAUCUGUUUUGAAGGUGAACAGUUAUGUAUAUACAAAAAUAUUUUAUACCAAAUGUAAUGGAAGUCUAUUAGAAUAUUGUAUAUAUAUUUUUUAUAUAUUGAAGAUGUAAGUUGAAAGACAAUUAUGAUAUAUUGAAUAUGUUGUAUUUACUACUUUAUUUAUGGGUCUUGAGGCCUGACCCCUAUAUGAGGAAAAGUUAUUGCCUUCAUAUGUUUUUUUGAUUAAAUCCUGUGAAUUUAGCAAAUUUUGUUGAACAUUGUUACUGUUUCAUUAUGCUUAUGUUGAGGUAUACCCUACUUCCUGAAGUGCAUUAUCCUUUUAGGUUAUAAAGUUUUAUUUUUUUGUAGUCAAGUGAUUUUAGGUUUUUAUUGCAGGUACCUUCACAUUCUGUAGAACAGAUGCAUUUAAUAAAGAUAAUUUUCAGUAAUUUUAUAUGUUUGAAAUAUCAUAUCAGGAUGAUGACAGAAAGAGUCUUUAUGAUAUGAAGCUUUAUUUUGAUACAGCAAAUCUAUAUGUGAUUAUUGAUGCCUUUACCUUUUUAAGGUAGUAAUAUUGUAUAGAGAUUUGCCCAUAUAAAGUUCCUUUGGUAAUUAAAGAUCCAUUUCUUAAGUCUCGGAGGCUAAAAUGCUUAACAGUAUGAUUUUUGUACAGGAACUUUAAUUUGUUACAUUAUAUCAUGAUAUUGGGCACAUGUGACAUUAUUCCAAUGUACACUUGGUAGCUGCAGGCUUAUGGUGCAUUGAUCUUAAAAUGUGUCAAAACCAUGGGGUUUAACUUGAUAACAGAAAAUUGUGACAUCACUGAUUAAUGAUUUUUUUAAUCACUGAUCAAUGAUGGUGAAAAUCAGUUCCAUUUGUUUGUUAAGAAUAAUGUAUUAUUUUACAUGUGAAUGUGUAUCAGUUGCAUAAUUGAUUAUGUGUUGGUUGGGGAAAUCUCCAUAUCAUGUGACCUCAAGUUGUUGAUACUAAGCCUGUUUUGGGUUUUAAGACUCUUGCUGGAUUUUUCAAUUUAUUUUGAUCUGUGAUAACAGCAACAGUUGGGAGUUAUUACAUUAAUAAAAGCUAAACAAUUCCAUUGCUGUUGAAAUUUACAGUUUCCUAUAAUAGGUGUCCAAUAUAAACACGUGUAUAUUUUUAAUAAAAGAUCUGCAAUAACAAAUUUCUCGGUGAAUGUUGUUCUGGCUUUGAUUUUCAGUAGUUUUUUUUUACAAGUCAGAAUCAAUCCAUAUUUAAUUUUCUCAUUUUGAUGAAGGUGUUAUCAUACAAUGAUACAUCUUUCAGAGAAGAAUGUCCUUAUAAGUGCUGGUUCAAUUUCUCAACAUGGUGCAAACCAUACUUUUUUUUCUUAUAUAAUCAUCCUACUGUUGUACCUCAUGUACUUACUUGUAACAUGAAACUUAUAAAAUAUUUAAGGAUAACACUGGCAGUAGUCCUCCAGAUAGCUUGUACAGUCAUAGUAAGCAUAGUUGCUCCAUUGUAUUGUAUAUUUUCCUUCAUAUAUUCAGAAUUAUAUUCUUUUUUUUAUA